AACUGAACUGAACUGGCGAACUGCUGAAGCUGAACCUGAACAUAACACAUAACCCAACUUUGUAGGAUGUUUUUUGGUUGUAAACAAAAAAUGAUAAAAGUUUCAUAAAAUUUACACUUUUGUGCUAAUUAGUGUGGUUUUGAUUAUUCUAAAUUCAUAAUGAUAACGUUGUCGCAAAGACUUAAACGAAAAGCAGAUAAUAAUGAAGCAACAACAUCAAGAGCUUCAAUAAGAGACAGAUUACUAGUUAAGGAAGCUCAAGAAAUGGCUCAGUUGUUACCUUCGUGUUGUUCUAUCCACUAUACCAAUGAACAUGAUUUAAGUAGAUUUAUGUUAGUAGUAAAGCCAACAGAGGGUUUCUGGGAAGGUGGGACUUUUCGGUUUGAUAUAUGUGUUACAGAUGAAUAUAACAUGGUCCCCCCUGUAGUUAAAUGCCUAACAAAAUUGUGGCAUCCAAAUAUUACUGAAUCUGGUGAAGUAUGUUUAUCAUUACUUAGAAGACACAGUAUGGAUGGCAUGGGAUGGUCACCUAUUAGAAGAUUAAAUGAUGUUGUUUGGGGAUUAAAUGCCUUAUUCACGGACUUACUGAACUUUGAAGAUCCUCUCAAUGUGGAAGCUGCUGAAAUGUACAGGCAUUCUAAAGAGGAAUUUAAAAUGAAAGUUAUGGAGUAUGUAGCUAGUUAUGCAAAGGAUUAGGUUAUACUUCAUGAGCUUGUAAGUCUUUUGUAUUUAUUUUGCAGAAAUUUUAUUUAAAAUAAUUAAUUUUUGGUUGCUGUGUUACUAGGGUGUAAGUAGAGGGUGCCUAAAAUGAUAUUACAUCCUUUUUGUAGAACUAUUGUUCUACUAAUAUUUUGAUUCUACUAAUUCAGUACUGUUAAAUAAUUUUACAAAAAUAUAGUCAAAUCAAACAAACUUAUUCGCAAAAGUUUUGCACCACCAAAAAUUAUGCUCACUGGUAUUUACAUUGUUGGGCAAAUGUUUACUCAAACUUUUUUUUUUAGCUUAUAUCGGGUGGAAGAGACGAAAUGGCUUUCUUAUACCAAGUUCGAGACACCCUGUAGAAAGGACAAGACACAAGAGUGGGUAUACAUAUACAUCAAAAUUGUGUUGCAGUCUUAAGUUUUAUGAACAUUUUGUUUUUUAGUUCACCUGAUAUCUUUAAAAACAAAGAAAAUAGACCUUUUUAUUGUCUAUUGUGUUUUAACUGAAACAAUACUAAAUUAAUAAUAAAAAUUAACAACAGUUAACAAAUCUUUAAAAACAGGAUCAAAUAUAACGUAAACUAAUAUCGCGUGUUUUCCCUCUAAUUCUAAUAAUAGCUUCACAUCGCCUAGACAUGCUGGAUAUUAAGCAGGCUGUUUGAUUUUGACGUAUGGAGUUUCAGAUAGCAAUAACCAUAGUUUCUAUAUCUUGCAGGAAAGCAGGAAGGGGCUGAUAAAGUCUUAUUGUCUACCGACAAUAUCCAAUAAGUGAUCAAUACGACUCAUUUUGGGACUGUGAGGGGGCCAUUUCGAUAUCUGAAUAUUUACCUGAUGUAAAUAUUGAUUAAAGACACUAACUCCGUUCUUACUGUCAAGGAAAUUCCAUCCCAAAACAUCACAGAGCCUCCAUUAAACAAUCUCGUCUCUUAUGUUGCGUUGUGCAUACCGCUCACUUGGUUGACAGAUAACUAAGUGUCGACUAAAACUGUUUUCGUUAUGUGUCUUUGUUUUUAAAAUUUUGAUAACUGUUGUUAUUUUUUAUUGUUAAUUUAGUAUUGUUUCAGUUCAAACGCAUGUUACAGAAUAAAACCAUCUAUUUUCUUUGAUUUUAAAGAUAUCAGGUAAAUUAAAAAACAAAAUGUUUUAAAAUCUGUUACAGCUCAUAGAAACUUUUCAUUUUUUGCAUUAUGUUCAGGAUGAUGUCAAGAAGAAAGUCUGCCAUAGAAAAAUGGGUGGAAAUGCAUAGUUGCAUUUUAAAUGGCAUAAAAUGCAUCCAAAAGUGCACAUAAACAUGUCAAAAUAAGUGUAUUAAGGGCCAGAUCUUGUUACUCGCCGGCUUUUUGGGUCGCUGAAAACGUAUACGCUAUCAGAACCGACCAUCGGAGCACAUGGCGCCCAGGUUCACUGCUAAGGCACGUCAUCUGGAGUUUUGAAGGUUUUCGGCACUAAAUUGAUGGAAACAGAUUAUUCGGGGGUUUUUGGGGUAGCUGAGCAAGAAUACGCCAUCAGAACCGACCCCCCGCUGCACUUGGUGCCCAAAAGAUCUUCAAACUCCAGAAGAUAACAUGCCUUAGCAGUGACCUUGGGCACCAGGUUAUCCGUGGGUCAGUUCUGAUAGCGGAUUCGUAUUCAACGACCGCAAAAACCGCCUAGUAAUCUAUUUGCAUGCAUUCAGUGUCGAAAACGUUUGAAACUCCAGAAGAUGACAUUCCUUAGCAGUCACCUUGACAAAAGGUGCUCCGGAAGUCGGUUCUGAUGGUGUAUUCGUGUUCAUCAACCCCAAAACCUCACCUCACCUUAAUUACAGGAAAACAAUGAAUGCACCACUAUAAUAAUUUAUUAUCAGAAGAAAGAGAAGAAUAUAAGACGGCACCAGAAGAACACAUCGACAUACACGAAGGAGUAGCGGUGACUAAAAACAUCCUAUGAAACGCCGUAAUGUGAUUAAAAAAUAAAAGAGCAUGUGGCCCUGAAUCAAUAAACGCCGAACUGAACUGCUUAUAUGUGGCACCGAAAAAUUAGUUCGACUGAUUACAAAAAUUGUUAAUAUGUAUAUGUAUAAAUGGAUACCACGUUCUCAGCCAAUGUUAAGUGGCAUACAUUUCCUCAAUGCACAAAAAAAAAUAAAAGAAAAGCUAUAGGAUGUCUUUCUCUGGAACAAGAAUAUAACAGAAAAAAAUUUAAUAUCUAUGAAACUCUGGUAAAAAGCAUGCUCUUACACAAUAAUUGUGAAACGAGGCAAUUAACAGAGAAAUCGAAGAAAUAUAGAAGCCCCGGAAAUGGAUGUAAUAAGGCGAACGCUAAAGAUUUCGAAAAGGGAGAGGAUAAGAACGGAAGAAAUUAGAGCACGCAUGAGAAUAGAAGGUACAGUCAUGGAUGACAUACAACGAAAGCAGUUCAAAUGGUUUGGACAUGUCCAACGAAUGGAAGAAGGUCCCGAAACAAGUAAUUGCAUGAACACCUACAUCUACAUGAAUCCAGAAGAGAGAAAUACUUAAGAAAACAUGGAUGGAAAGAAUCAGAAACUUAAUGAGCUCCAAAGAACUUAGAGAAGAACAGUGGAACAACCGAACUGAAUGAAAAGUGGGAUCGGACAACGUCAAAAGACGUUCUAAACGGAUUAUAUCAUAUUAUACAUUAUUAUAUAUCAUUAUGUAUAAUGAAAAAUUAUAACAAAAAGAUUAUAAUUAUUAUAUAUUAUAAGAAUUUGAGGAGUAUCAUGAUCAUUAAAUUAUAUAAAUAUAGAAUUAUGUGUAAUGUUUCUUUAGUUAGAGGGUGUUUUGAAAUAAAAAUGUUGUCAAAAGUAUAAAUAAGCUUUAUCCAUUCAUAAGAACUAAAUAUUCGUUUUCGUACCUGUAAUAACAUUUAUGACCCUAGGGAAAACUAUAAACAACAAGUAGCAAACGAAGAGUCAGAAAUUAAUAAGAUUAAUGAAGAAAUGAAAAAGAAAAACUCUUGGAAGCGGGAAUGAAAACUGCCAAAAAACUAAGAACAAAAGAAAAUAGAUUAAGUAGCGGGGCAGUUAAAUUAAUGGAAAGUAGACGAAAACUAAUAAGCGAAAACAAAAGAAACACAGUAGAAUACGUAGAACUAAACAAACUUAUUAAGAGAAAAACCAGAGAGGAUCUAAGAAAACACACUGAAAAUGAAAUCGAGAAAGUAAUUAAGAGAAAUAAGGGCCUAAAAUGCUUACGACCAAAUUUAGGGAAACCACUACUCAUUUCAAUAAAGGAUGAAACAGGACGGGAAGAGAGGAGAAAAGAUAAAAUAUCAGAAGAAGUAGAAAGGUUUUAUAAAGAACUAUACACCUCAAAGAAAGACGCAAACUUCAACACAAAAAGAAAAUUAGGAAAUAGAAGCAGCACUAUCACAAUUAAAGAACAACAAAGCACCAGGACCAGAUGGAAUCCUUGCUGAAAUGUUGAAAGAGGGGAAAGAAGAAAUCUUACAAACAUUAAGAAAUCUAUUUAAUUAGUGUCUACAUAAAGGAGAAAUACCCGACGAAUGGAACGAAAGUCUUACAAUCCUGCUAUUUAAGAAAGGCGACAGAAAGGACAUAAAAAAUUACAGACCCAUCUCACUGCUGUCGCAAACGUAUAAACUAUUCAUGAGGAUUAUCAACAACAGGCUAACACACAAAUUAAACUCGUAUCAACCAGUAGAGCAGGCAGGAUUCCGAAAGGGAUAUAGCACCACUGACCAUCUUCUAACAAUUAGGACAUUAAUAGAAAAAGCUAACGAAUACCAUAUAGAUCUGCACUUAGCGUUCGUUGACUACGAAAAAGCAUUUGGCAGCGUGGAAAUGUGGGCAAUAGAAAAAGCUAUAAACAACUGUAGAAUAGAUUCCAGAUACAGAAUGCUAAUACAUAAUAUAUAUAAGAAAGCAACAAUGACAGUACAAUUGGAAGAAUCCACAAAACCCAUACCAAUUAACAGAGGAGUGCGACAGGGAGAUGUUAUUUCUCCUAAACUAUUUACAUUAGCACUAGAAGAUGCAAAACAAUGGAAUGGACAAACAUGGGAAUAAACAUAUGGAAAGAAACUAAACCACCUAAGAUAUGCAGACGAUGUAGUAGUCAGCAUCAAGUUUUCAAGAACUACAAACCAUGCUAACCGAACUAGCAAAUGAAUCCGAACAAAUAGGUCUAAAAAUGAAUUUUGCCAAAACAAAAACAAUGACAAACACACAAGAUAAUAGAAACGUAAUACUAAACGACACCACAAUAGAAGCGGUCAAUGAUUAUAUAUAUUUGGGACAGAUGAUAAAAAUAAAUAAGGAAAACCAAACAGCGGAGGUAAAAAGAAGGGUCAGAUUAGCCUGGGCAGGAUUUGGAAAAUUAAAAUGGGUCCUAAAGAGUAAAAAAAUAGAACAAUACUUAAAAACAAGAGUGUUUGACCAGUGCGUACUCCCAAUUCUCACAUACGCAUGCCAAAUAUGGACCUUGACCAAGGCAAACAUGGAUAAAAUAAUGAAGACACAAAGAGCCAUGGAGAGAGCAAUGUUAGGAGUAAAAUUGACAGACAAAAAGCAAAACAACUGGGUAAGAAAUAAAACAAAAGUCAAAGACGCAGGACAACAUAUAGCCAGACUAAAAUGGAGCUUCGCAGGUCAUAACGCUAGACAAACGGACAAUAGGUGGAAUAGCACGAUACAACAAUGGAGACCAUGGACAGGAAAGAGAGCAAGAGGACGACCCCAGAUGAGAUGGGGAGACGACAUUAAAAAGAUAGGAGGAACGCACUGGAAACAGAAAGCACCAAACAGAAGCGAAUGGAGGAAACUGGGGGAAGCCUAUGUUCAAAAUUGGACGAAUUAAAGGGCAAAAGAAGAUGACCCUACCGAGAGGGUGUGUAUACCUGCUGGCUAAAUAUCGACAACAAGGACAGCCUGUGCUGGACCGAGAGAGAUAACUUUUAGCAGAACUUUCUGUUACACUUUAUGUUAAAAACAAAAACAAAUUAGGAAAGUGGGAAAAAUUCUAUAGUGACGUAUUUGUUUAAAUUUUUUUUUCAGGUUAAUUUUAAACAAAAAAUAUUGUUUAAACAAUGUAAUAAUUUAUAAAGAGAUAGUGCACUAGAACUUUUUAAGACCUUCCAUAUAAAAAAAGAAUUAUCUCAAUAGCUGCCAUAGUUUUUGCAUUAUUUUAUUUAAACUUUUACAUUGGAAUUUAGCUAUGCCCAGAAUCGCGAGGAAGGGCCUUAAUAUGCUUAUUUUGAUUGUUUAUUCACUUUAAAAUGCAAUUAUGCAUUUCCAUCCAUUUUCCUAUAGGAGACUUUUUCCUGACAUUAUCCUAACACAAUGCAAAAAGUUGUAAGUUUUUAGGUGCUGUAUUUAAAAAUCGAUUUAUUCCGGUGUAUUUAGUGCUAAAUGCCCUGGUCUACAAGACUAUAACAUAAUUUGAUGUAUACCCACUCUUGCACCUUGUUCUCGCUACAGCGUGUCCCAAAUUUAACAUAUGAAAAACAUUUAUUUUCUUCCAUCUGGUAUAAGCCCGCUGAAAACAAGCGUGCAUCUUGGACGUAUCCUAAAAUUCACGCUGGUUUUCGGAGCCAGCGCCGACUCCGAAAAGCAGCGUCCACAUUGGACGCACCCUUAGGGCGCGUCCAUAGUGCACGCUGGUUUCCUAGUCAGAAAGCCGACGCCGAGUCGGUGUAGCUAAAUCCUUCGUAUUUAAAUGGACGCCCUUAGGGUGUUUCGUAUUUAAACGCGCCUGUCCAAAGUGCACCUGCGCACUGACAAUUGAACACAAAGGGUUAUUCGCAUACAGACUCGGCGCUUACUCCGAAAUCCAGCGUUCACCUUGGACGCACCCUUAAAGUAUUUUUUGACUAGGUGAAUUGGGUUAAAUUGUCUUAAAAUUAUCUGAGGAAUCUCUGGUCUUUGUUUGUCAGGAGAGUUUCUGGACACCCAGUAGGCAUACAACAAAAAAGAGUACUUAUUUGAUAUAUUUUAUUAUGUUUAUGUUUUGAAAAAUAACUCAUAAAUAAAUACGUUAUUUUAAUUUGUAAAUAGUUUUAGCUGAUUCCAUAGUGCAGUCAUUGUAGCGUAAAAUAGGUUUUUACCUCCGAAAUUUUUUACUAUGAACCGAUUUACAUGAGAUUUUGGAAUUAGGCUUAUCUUACCCUUAACUACAAAAGUGUUAUUGAUCCGAAUUCCGUUUUUUAUUUUUAAGGGAUGAAAACAACCCCUUAAUGGAAAAAUUGCCAUUGAGCCAUUUUAUCGCCAGAAAACGUGUUUAAUAAUAAAGAGUGACAUUGUGAAGUGUUUUCUAACACAAUAACCUCAUGUUAAACUCAUUUUCAUCCCCUUGAAAACCGUACAACCCUUGCAAACAACCCCUAAAUCGAAAAAAUUUACAAAAAAUUAAUUUAGUAUGACAUAAAAAAAUUUAAAUACAUAUAGAGUAAAUGAUAUUUUACGUUCUCUAUCUUAAUUAUCAUAUUGUUAACCCCCUGUCAACCCUUAAAAACAACCUCUAAAUAGAAAAAAUUUACAAAAAAUUAAUUUGGUUUGAUAAGAAGACCUAAAUAUAGAGUAAACAAUAUUUUACGUUCUCUAUCUUAAUUAUUUAAUUGAAUGGUAGGCUACAACAAUGUUGUAAGCGACAUAUUGGGUUAAAGUGAGGUUUUAAUGCAAUAUUAUUGUAUUAUCAAAGACCAAUGCGAGCAUCUUUCAAUCUGGCUAAAAAUAUUUUGCCUUCCCUGAGUUUUUCGUACCGCAAUGUUGGUAUCCGUAUGUUCAUAAAUGGCUUGUCAAUGUGUUUUUUUCAUCUCCUGCAUAAUCUCGAUUCUGUCGCUUACAACAUUGUUGUAGCCCACCAUUCAAUUGUUAACCCCUUUCAACCCUUAAAAUCAACCCCUCGAUUAAAAAUUGUAUAAAAAAUUUCUUUUGAUAAACUAAAAAGGAUUUAAAUAUCGUUCCACGUUCUCGAAAAAGCUAUGCUGGAAAAUCAUAUGCUCAACUUCUUUAACCCUUAAAACUAGCCCUAAAUUAAAACAUUGAAUAUGUAUGAUUUAGUUUUUGGGCCAUAACUACUUCAAUUUUGAAGCUAUCACAACUUAUAAAAAACCAUUUUGAAGGUAAUUAAAAGAGCUACAACUUCUUUCGGUGUAAUAUGUGGUGAAAAACCUUUUAUUUUGAAACGGUGAAGGGUCAAAGGGCUCGAGAGAGACUGUGGUUGCGCUACCGCGCGCUCUUUAAUCAAUCAUAUCUUUGUCAAUUUUUGUGCGAUAGGAAAAACAAACAAACCAAAAUUUUUGCCAAAAAACCUUUUUUUAUUAUUACAUUUUUUUUACGUAUCUCAUUAUUUUUGAGAUAUGAAAAAAAAGGUGGUUUCUUUAAAAAUUCGAAAAUUUUUUUCUUAAAAUCGUGAUUUUUUAAAAAAAUAUGUGUUCCAAAGCAGCGAAACUGCUAGAAUCCAUCAAUCUCUUUAUAUUAAAGUUGAUUCUAGACGGAAUUUAGAUCCAUUGAUUUAAAAAAAAACAUUAGAUGUUCCUCUUUUUUUCAUUACAGCUCACUCAUUUUACGUACAAAAGACUUUUAACGGUGCUCAUGUUAAAGCUUAUUGUAUGCACUAUAAAAUCCUUUCUCACUAGCAUGCAUAAAAUUUAUUCUCUCUCCGCUAGAUGCCAUUGAAUACAUUAAACCGCUAGAUGCCAUUUAAUACAUUGAUUAAAUUUCACACAAAAUAAAAAACGGCUUUGAUCUUCAAUAUCUCGCUUAAUAUUGCACUUAGAACACUCUUUAAAAAACCAAUUUAUUUGUUUUUUUACCUGCUACAAUUUUGUUCAGUAUAAUAUCGACAAAAUGCAUAUUUUUGGAGAUAUUUGCAAAAAAACUGUUGAAAAUCGUGAGAAAAUUUCGAAUUUUCAAUUGCCAAUACCUUGAACAGUAUUGGGUUUUUGAAAAAACUUUAUGCAACAUUUUUUGCUUAAAAUUAGGUCUUCUAUCGAUAUCUGAGAUUAUUUUGAAAAAAAAAAUUUCCACCACCGAAAAGGGGUGGCAACCACCCCCAGGGUGAAAACGGAGUUCGGGUCAAUAUCACUUUUGAAGUUAAGGGUAGGAUAAACCUAAUUCCAAAAUUUCAUGUAAAUCGGUUCAUAGUAAAAAAUUUCUGAGCUAAAAAGCUUCAAUGACUGCACUACCAAUAAUUUUAAGUUUUUGAAUAAACAAUAGGACUACUAGUUGGGAAUCUGGCCUAAUAUUUAUUUAAAUAAUAUCGGUUUUGGACACCCUCUCUCAAUAAUUUGAAUUAAGAUCAAUAUAUCCACAUAAUUUUUGCUAUAUUUGUAAUUGUGAUAAAUAUUAUGCUUUUUAAAUUUUUAUAAAAAGAAUCAAUUGAUAUUAAAAAAAUAUUUUUUGUGUUAAAAACUUACCUUUCCAAAUUUCCAUAUUGUGACCAAUCACCCCUGAUUAUUAUCUUAAUAAAAAACAACUUAGAUUUUGC